CGCUCUCUGAGCCCGGCCGCCCUGUCCCGCAGUCUAUCCCGCCUGCGCGAGUACCGGACCCGCUCCAGGAUCAUGCUGGCUCUAGGGGUCACGCAGAUGGUGCUUGGAUGCCUCAUUGUGGCAGUCAGCUUCGCAGCAUUGGCCCUGACCACCUCAGCCAGGGUCCGGCACUCCUGCCCCUUCUGGGCUGGCUUCUCGGUGCUCUUGUCAGGACUGAUUGGUGUUGUUUCUUGGAAAAGACCCUUAUCCCUUGUGAUAACCUUUUUCAUGCUGCUGUCUGCAGUGUGUGUAAUGUUGAAUUUGGCUGGUUCUAUUCUCUCCUGUCAAAAUGCUCAGCUAGUCAACUCCCUAGAAGGUUGUCAAUUGCUUUCCCUUUUUUCUUUAUGUUCAUUAAAUGUCUUUAGUAAUGUGCCUUUUUCCUUACAGGAAUCAUUUUGUUGUUGCUCAGUCAUUUCAUCUGACUAUUUGGAUCUUUUUCUUCCACAGAGAUCACAUUCUACAAAUCCAGACUGUAUGACUCCCCAUGGAACCAUUCUCCACCAGACCUUGGAUUUUGAUGAGUUCAUACCUCCAAUACCUCCCCCACCCUAUUACCCACCAGAGUAUACCUGUACACCCAUGAUAGAAGCUCAAAGAGGACUUCACUUAGAAUUCCCUCAUUCUCCAUUCAGUACUUUGUAUGAAGUUGCCAUUAACAGUCCUGGGAUGCUUUAUCCCACAGAACUCCCUCCUCCAUAUGAAGCAGUGAUUGGACAGACACCUGCAAGCCAGGUUACCAGCCUAGACCAGCAAGUAAUGGAAUCAAGCUUGGGGGAUCAAAAUACAACUGCUGGUUUCAGCACACAAGUUUCCGUUGAUAGUACUUCUCUUUUGGUAUCUGAAGUUGCUGACAUUCCAGAUCAUAGCUUCUCCUCCGAGGACCUUUGUUCUUUGGAAGUUCAAGGUUCCCUCCGUUCUGCAGACUUUUCUCCAUAUGGUACAAUACGUAAAGCGGCCACAGACAGUAGCUGUACCAGCUUGGAUCGCAGUGUGCGCUGCAGGUUCCACAGGACUCACUCACCAUGUUCCUCCAUGGAGGCUAGAGGCUGCCGGCAUAGAGCCUCUCUAGACAGAUCUCAGAUCCAGGACUAUGAGAGUUCUUCUCAGAGAUCUCCAGACUAUUCUUCAGAAAAUUACAGCUUUUCAGAGUCCCAGGGCUCUGUGCGGGAGAAUCAAUCGCAGCCACAGUUGAAACAAAUGAAAAUGUGCUGUGGGACCUUUAGCCAGCCUUCUGCAACUCAUUCCCAGCCCUCUCUGUGUUCAGUUCCUGCAAAUACUUCCUCACACCAUGGCUGCCCAGUGAGAACUGUCCCUCCAAGACGCGCUAGGAAAAAACGAACUUCAAAUAUUGUCCGAUCUACCAGUGAUCCUAUUUCAUGUUCAUCUAGCACAGAAGGAGAUACCUCUUCCUACACACCUCUAUAUAGCCAGCAUCAUGAAGCAGGAAUAUCUCAGUCGGAUUUAGAGACAGUUUCCAUUUCUAGCUCUCACAUGGCUGCUUCUGCUUAUCAGGACCAUUUUUUGCCAACUGGAAAACAAAGGGAUACCAGGAAAGUUGACCAACAGUUAAAGCCAAAGGCCAUACACACCAUCUCAAAAGAGCAGCCACCCUCUUUAGUGGACCUUAAGGCCUAUAAAGACACAAAAAUUUUGGUGGCUAAAUUUUUGGAACAUUCAAACUGUAAUCUCCCUCCAGAAGUGCAGCAUGUGGUGAACACUAUCCGAUCAGUCAUCAAAUCUGAUGAACAACACAUGGAAGAAGCCAUCUACAGUGCCAACAUUAUAGACCAGGUCAUUGCCAGUUCUCAGCAGAAUGUGACUCUCUCUAGAAAACAGCUUCAAGAAGACCUCCAUCUCCAAAGCUGUGGUGCCCUGAGCUCCCCGGUUGCUUUCUUGCAUAGGGUACACCUCCCUCUCAGUCUAGAAGGGAACAGUCCCCAGAGUUUUGUGGCAGCUUGCCGGGAGACUGUAAUUUGA